AUUGUGCAGAAAAAGGACACCAAGAAGAUGUAUGCCAUGAAGUACAUGAACAAGCUCAAAUGUGUGGAGCGGAAUGAAGUUAGGAAUGUCUUGAAAGAGCUGCAGAUCAUGCAGAACCUUGAACAUCCUUAUCUGGUGAACUUCUGGUACUCCUUCCAGGAUGAGGAGGACAUGUUCAUGGUGGUGGAUCUGCUCUUGGGAGGAGACCUGAGAUACCACCUCCAGCAGAACGUCCACUUCUCCGAGGCCACAGUUAAACUUUACAUCUGUGAACUGGCCCUGGCUCUGGGAUACCUCCGCUCCAAGCACAUCCUACACAGAGACAUCAAACCUGACAACAUUUUGCUGGAUGAACAUGGACAUGUCCAUCUAACAGACUUCAAUAUUGCAGCCAUUGUAAAAGAUGACCUAAAAGCUACAUCCAUCGCUGGAACCAAACCAUACAUGGCUCCUGAGCUCUUUCAGACAAUUGAGGGGUCCCAUCCUGGCUACUCCUUCUCUGUCGACUGGUGGUCACUGGGAAUCACGGCCUACGAGCUGCUAAGAGGACAGAGGCCAUAUGUGAUGAGAUCUGGUACCUCUGCUAGUGAGAUCCUUCAAACCUUCCAAAAAGUCCAUCCCAGCUAUCCGACAGCCUGGUCUUUGGAGAUGAAGUCUCUCCUCAGAAAGCUGCUGUGCGUCGACGUCCAGAAGCGUAUUUCUUGUCUAACAGAGCUGCAGGAUCUGGACUAUAUGUCAGAUGUCAACUGGGACGCUGUGCUCAGCAAACAGUUUCCUCCAGGCUUCAUCCCCAAUAAGCGGAGGCUAAACUGUGACCCCACAUUUGAGCUGGAAGAGAUGAUCCUGGAGUCCAAACCACUUCACAAGAAGAAGAAAAGGCUUGCAAGGAAGACCAAGGAGCAGAGUUCAGAUGGGUCUCCACAGAAUGGUCAGCUGCAACAGCGCCUGGAUAAUGUUCAGAGAGAAUUCAUCAUCUUCAACAGAGAAAAGUCAAAGAAGACAGCUGUGGACUCAAAGUCUUCUUCAGAGCUGUCCAUCAGCGAGAAGAACAAGGUAAUAGAAGAUGGACAGAACAACAACGUCGAGCCUGCUGCUUACAGAUCAGGAUAGGCCGAACACUUACCCGC